AUGCUGUCGCUGCGGCUCCGCGAGUACUGGGCGACCGUGUCCUUGCUCUACUGGGGCGCCGAGGCCCCCGAGGCGCCCGCGGCGCCGGAGGAGGACUGCGCGCGCGCGACCUUCGUCUGCGGCCCGCCGGCCGCGAGCCGGACGCGGGAGACGAAGGGCCCCUGGUCCGAGGCCGAUGACGCGACGUACCUCGAGCUGCUCGUCCGCGUCGGCGUCCCCGCGGUGGACAACGAAGGCUCCGUCAAGGCGUACCUCGACGCGUUCCCGGCGCGGGCGUGGCGCACCAUCAAGAAGCACAGCAACACCUACAAACAGACGCACCUGUACGAGCAGUGGCGGAGGGACAACGGCGGCGCGUGGGCCGGCUUCGCCUGGCGGUCGCGGGCGGUCCGCGCGGCCGAGAUCCGCGUGGACAAGGCGCUAAAGGCGCCGCCCAACGCGCCCGGGGCCAAGGCGCGCGCGGCCGACGCGCCCGCGGCCGACGCGCCCGCGACCGAGGCGCCGGCCGAGGACGGCGACGGCUCGGAGGCCGGCGAGGUGACGAAGCAGACGAGGAACCAGAAGAAGAGGAAGCAACGACAGCAGGAGGACGAGAACGCGCGGCUCGAGGCCGAGAACGCGUGGCUCAAGGACGCCGCGGCCGAGGCGCCGGCCGAGGACGGCGACGGCUCGGAGGCCGGCGAGGUCGCGGCGGACGAGGGCGCGGAUCUGCUCCGCUUCCGCCACCGCAGCACGGUCUUCGUCGUCCACUGCAGCGCCGCGACGCGGGGCGAGGUGCUGUCGCGGCGGCUCUUCGGCACGUCCGGCGCGCACAUCCACCGGCUCCGGGACGCGAGCCACGCCGUCUUCCUGCUCUACGACCUGAGCGCGCGCGAGGUCCUGGGCCCGUUCCUCGCGCACAACCAAAGGGCCCGCAUGGACAUCGAGCCGGGCGCCUUCGGCGGCCGAUUCCGGGCGCAGGUGCGCUGGACGCCGCACCCGAACUACGCGAAGCACCGCGCCGUCCGCCACAAGAAGAUCCUCCCGGAGGGCGUGGUCCCGCGGGACGACGCGCUCCGGCUCCUGGCGACGCACUGGCCGCUCGCGCUCAAGAAGAAGGAGCGCAAGGUGCUCAAGCACUGUAAGAGCAAGCCGGAGAAGUUCGUGAAGGCGAUCGCGGACGUCGAGUCCGGCGGGCCGGCGUCGUCUUUGCGGAAGCGGAAGCGCGCGGCCGCGGACGCGCCGCCUCCGAAGAAGGCGGCCCGGGAGGCGCCCGCGGCCCCGCGGCCGGGCGAGCCCGACGACUUCGAGGCGCCGCCGGCGCUCCCCGACUCCGGGGACUCGUGGGCCGCGCGCGCCGAGCCCGCCGAGCAGCCGCCCGCGUGGUGGCGCGCGGCGGCGGCGGUCGCCGAGGGGCAGCACCGGCAGGUCCAGGCGGCGAUGGUCGAGCGGCGCGUCAUCGGCGGGUGGCACGCCGUGCCGCCGGCGCCGCCCGCGCCGGAGAGGCCGUGGCAGCCGCCGCCGCCGCGUCCCGCCUGGGGCGGCCAGGGCGCCGGCUGGACGAGCGACGGGCCGCGGGGACCCGACGGGCGCGCGUCGCCGCCGGCGCCGCCGGGCGGCUGGCCGCCCGGCCCCACGUACCGAGUCUGGACGCCCGAGAGCGACGGCCGGCCGCCGCCGCGGCCGCCGCCGCCGGUGCCGAACGCGGGCACGCGCGCCCGGCCGGCGCGAGUCUGGACGCCCGACCACGACGCGCGGCCACCGCCGCCGGACGGGCCCAGCGCGGGCGCGCCGGCGCCGGCGCCGGCCUUCGCGUUCGCGUCGCCGGCGCCGGCGCCGGGCGGCUCGACGGCGGAGGCCGCGCGGUCGUGGGCGAUCCCGCGGCGCGUCGGCGACCGCAUCCUGCACGAGGGCGCGCGGAAGCGCGACACCUGGAACACGUAG